UUCUUAUGACUAAUAGUUCAUCAUAAAAUAUAUAUCCACAUAUAUAUUUAUUUAGUCACGUAUUUUAUUGAUAAAAAACCAAUAUAAAUUUUUACCGUUUAAUCUCAAGUGAUUCAGCACCCGAGCCCAGGUUUCAUCAACUUGUGUAUUUUCUCUCCUUUUCCAGUACAAGAAGAAAAAUCAUGACAGUCGACAAAGAAACAGUAGAAGCUUUGAUAAAAUCCGAUACUGUGGUCAUUUUUUCAAAAACUUACUGCCCUUAUUGUAAAAUGGCCAAGGAGGUCUUUGAUAAAAUGAACAAAACAUACAAGGCAAUUGAACUGGACGAAAAAGACGACGGGGAAGACUACCAGGACAUUUUGGGAGAAAUAACUGGAGCUAGAAGUGUACCCAGGGUUUUUGUCAAGGGAGAGUUCAUUGGCGGUGGUACUGACGUUAAGAAAGCGUUCGAAACUGGAGAAUUAGCUAAAAGAUUUGAUUAAUUGUACUUAUGUUAAUUGAUCGCAAUUAAUUAUGAAUUUAAAAAAUAUUUAUUAAUCAUGUAAUUUUUUAUUUUCAAUUAAUUUUUUUUGCACAGUACUUUUGAAAAUUAAAUAAAUUAAUUAUUUUAUGAUCAUA